AUGGGAAAGGAAAAGACUCACAUCAACAUCGUCGUCAUUGGGCACGUCGAUUCUGGCAAGUCCACUACAACCAGCCACCUGAUCUACAAGUGUGGUGGAAUCGACAAACGAACCAUCGAGAAGUUUGAGAAGGAGGCUGCCGAGAUGGGAAAAGGCUCCUUCAAGUGUGCCUGGGUCUUGGACAAACUGAAAGCUGAGCAUGAGCGUGGUAUCACUAUUGACACCUCCCUGUGGAAGUUUGAGACCAGCAAAUACUAUGUUACUAUCAUUGAUGCCCCAGGACUCAGAGACUUCAUCAAAAACAUGAUUGCAGGGACAUCACAGGCUGACGGUGCUGUCCUGAUUAUUGGCCUCCUGCCAACCUCACCAGAGACACCAGAGAAUGAAGCUGUCUGUGGAAGGCUACUGGACAAACUGGACACAAGCUCACUGGACAUCUGGUAUCAGACCUACACAGUUCUCGCUCAUCACUUCCUGAGCACCUCCAACUCAAUACGAACACAGUCAUCCAAUUUGAUGCUGGAGCCCUCCCCCAAAUAUCACCAGUUUCCCUUGUCACAGAAAGUGCAGUCCACCCCACAGAGAAACCUCCCUGCCGAGUGUGAGAGCUCCACUGAUCUACGAGACAAGAGAUAG